AUGUCCAAUCCAACCAUCCUCCUGGUUCAAGGCUCCUUCCAAACUCCCCAAGUCUACUCCUCGCUUGUAUCCAAUCUCCAAAGCCUAGGAUAUCCCACCGUCCACCCAGCCCUGCCCAGUUGCACAGACACCGACCACGAGGACUUCCCAACUCGGACCCUCACCGACGAUGCCCGCGCCGUAACCAGAGUCCUUGAAGAGCUCAUCGAGAACGAGUCUAAAACAGUACUCGUGGUCAUGCAUUCGUACGGCGGGAUCGUGGGAUCUGAAGCGGUCCCCGAAUCGCUGAGUUUCGCGCAUCGUCAAAAACAGGGCCAGAAAGGGGGAGUUGUCCAUUUGUUUUAUUUCGCGGCCUUUGUGUUGGACGUCGGAGAGUCGGUCCUUGGGAAAUUCGGGGAGUCGCCGAAUAAUCUCCCCGAUGGUCGCUUUCGCAUCCUCAAUGGUGCAAAGACCCUCUACAAUGAUCUCCCAGAGGUAGAGGCAGAGCUCUGGGAGUCGAGGUUGAUUCCUCAGUCGUAUGCUGUGCAGACGACGGCUGUGACGCGCGCAGCGUGCGAGUAUAUCCCGUCGACUUACCUGGUUUGUGAGAACGAUGCGGCGGUGCCCGCGCAGUUUCAGGAGAUGUUUGCGGGGAUGGCCAAGGCGCAGGAGAUUCAGAGGUGCAGUGCGGGCCAUUCACCGAUGUUGAGUCAGACGAGAAUGCUAGUGGAUAGGAUUGUGGGUGUGGUUAACAAGGUUUCUGAGUUGUAG